AGUGACAGGAAGGCCGCCGAACGUUAAGCGUCGUGAGCUUUACAUUGCGCCGACUGUGAGGUAGCUAGGGACGCUGCAUUAGAGAGCGCUGCGUCGUAUCGACCGGAUAUUUCCUAUUUUUAGAGAGGCAGUUAAGUUCAGCGAGUGGACAGUGUCUACCAUUGUAGCUCUGAUAUAACAUCCAUGGCAACGCAAAAGAGAGUCCUAGUGUGGAGCACCCCACGCUCUCUCUCCACAGUACUUAUGAGGGCACUGUCGCAGCUUCCCGAUUCCCUGGUCAUUCAUGAGUACCUGUUGUUAGUGGGUAAAAAUGAGGAACCCGACAUACUGGGGGAUCAGAAGGCUAAGAUGCAAAACUGGGACUCUGAGCCUAGCUUCAACAUCCUAAAGUGGAAGGAGAUGUACGAGGAACCAUACCAUGACAAGUCAUUCGUUUUCGGCAAAGAAAUCGCCUCUAGCUUGGGAAGAAAGGUAGAGAUGAUACCUGAUGGUUACACUCACGUCUUUCUGAUGCACAACCCUUUCAAGUCAAUUCCAUCUAAUGAGAAAUCACUUUCAUUUUUCCCACGCGAUUUGAGGUUUUCAGUCAUGCUAAAGCCCAACCAGUUCGAAGCCCUGGCUCAUAUAUACGACUACGUCACCACAACGCUCGGCCAAUCAAAGCCCGUGGUGUUGGACGCCAGUGACCUUUUGGCCAACCCUGCGAAAACCUUGCAACUGUUCUGCAAGGCCACUGGAUUGCCGUUCAGCCAGAAACUACUUCGCUGGGAGCAGGUCAAAGAGAGGCCCCCCUCCAACUUGCUGCUUCCAACGUUUAUGUGGGACAACGGCAAGGCAUUCGGGGUCUUCAAGACUGCAUUUGAGAGCACAUGCUUCCAUAAGGAGACAACAGGUGUAGCAAAGGAGACAGACCCCAUCAGUCCUGAAAUUGAGCAACUGAUCCAAGAUGCUUUGCCGUACUAUGAAAAAUUGUACAAGUAUCGUUUGGAAACGGUGUAGAUAACUGUAGUACAUACGGCGAAUUGAAGUAAACUUAUGCACGAAUAGCAACAUUUUCGUUGAUUGCUUUUAUAUCAAAGCUAUAGCCCGCAGUAUAAUAACUUAAAAGGUGAGUUUGGUCACGUUGUUUUCGCUGUGGCACUGUAAUUUUCUUGUUCGUUCAGAAUUUUUGUAUUGGUACAUUUGGCCACUUUUGAAUAAAAACAUUCAACGGUAAAUGCAAUUUUCCUUGAGCACAAGUACCACCUCAUUGGCUGAAAAGAGCCAUGCCUGUGACACGCCUUUCACAUUUCAUGCAUUAUCGUUCAAGAACAAGUGAGGUGAAGAGGCGUGUUUUGGCGACCCCUAGCCAGAAACGUGUUUGUGACGUCAAAGCAAUAACCGGGAACGUGUUAAGGGUAGCCAACAAAAACAAAGAACCGCAAACGGUUAUGUCAUCCAUCACCUGACAGAGGCAAGCACAAGGAAGCAGACAACACCGUUGAUGAACAUCAUUUCCACUCAGUAUUCGGCAUUUUUCUCACAAAUGCUGCUCUUUCUAUAAACGCAAGUUCUAGAACAAAGCCUGUCUUGGAUUUGUUGCAUGUGACAAAAAAUUUUCAGGAGAGGGACGACAAAAAAUGUUUAUUUGCCAUCAUUUCGAACCGGCGCCUAACCAACUCCAACUUUUCGUUCCUGUUCGGUCUGAACAAUGACGUCAAAGAGGCAUACCCAAGUCGCAAAACGCUUAACCAAUGACCACUGAAGUUGAAAGGCGUUCAUGGCUCGGGUCGCUAAAACAUGCCCCUGUUCCCACAAAAGGGGCUUAGAAAAUUACGCCCCGCUUGGGGCGUCUAUUGGACCAAAUGUUGUACUUCAACUUUUACGGAGGUGUUAAUUGCUCGGUAUAUGUACAUAUUGGAUCUAGAGCACCCCCUAUAUGGUACUCUUGGUAAGUUACUCUUUGUAUUGUAAAGUGUAACACGCAAAUACACUGUUUGACUUUUUACUUUACAUUUGAAAAGUUAAACCACGAUGUCAUCGUUUGAAACUUGACUUGCGGUGAUUACUUACCUGUAAACCACUAGAAACCCAUAGUAAACCAUUGCCCUACUUUAAAUUACCUAAAUGAGAUGAAACAAAGCUUAAUUGAGCAAACAAAACGUUGACAUGGGCCAAGUCAUCAGUCAAUCAGUAAUCUGUCUGGUUUAGUGACAGGACUUUAUCUCCAUGGCCAUACAAUUAUGAAAAUAAUCACAAAAUUCAUCAGAAAAACUGCCAAACUCUUACGUUGCCGUCUACAGUAAAUUCCAGUUAGUGGAUGAAAACAGUAACAUCCAUCAAAAUAGUAUCAAGGCCUUUGCGGGAUUAUAAAAAAAUCUUUUAUUAAAUUUAAUAAUAUUAAGUGUUGCAGAUUUUACAUGGUACUAUAAAAGCGAAUUCUGUAUUAUUACUUAAGCUCGCACUUUGACAUUGUGUGCAUCCUCUCUUGUGAUUAUCAGAGAGCAUUAUGUAUGUUCCAAAAACGGGAACUUCGUUUGAAAAGUGUGUUUGGAUUACCAAAAUGAGUAAACAAUAAGUAAACUUUUCAAUAAAUU